AAUCAAUAUAUUAAUAAUCAAUUACCGAUAAGAUUUCAACUAAGAAUUGAAUAAGCAAAUACGCUUAUCAGUUCUGUUUGGUUUUGCUAAGGAACACACGAAGUAAUCGUGUUUUUUCAGGGACUUUUUGUAUUGUUUGUUCAAGUGCGAAAUCAUGUGUUGUUGAAUUAUUAUUAGAAUAUAAUGGGGAAUUCUAAGUCAAAGAAAGUUCAGAAAGAACCGGAUAAGUUCUUCGAGCGCGCUCGUUGGAAGGAACAGAGAAACGAAGAGAAGAAGAAAAGGAAUGCUAAUCCAGUGAACAAGCGAACGGCUGUGAAGGACCCACCUGUGAGUCCAACAGCAGCGCUGAAUGGCCCUACGCUCGGGAAUUCACCAUUACCAGCUUCUUCACACGUAAGGUCUUAUGAUGAAGAGGCGUUGGAUCGCAUGCGAUACCAAUUAAAUCACGACUCAGAUGCCUUUUUAUUGAAUAAUAUCCUUUUGUCUGUUCAAUUUUUGGAAAAUUAUGAGAGAGAAGUCCAAGCUAUAAAAAGCAACCCAAUAAGUGAAAGACAGCACAUUAUGGAUGAAGCCAUGGUGCGACGACAUAAACAUGUUUUCUUCGGGGAUAGACUCCAAGAAUGUGUGCAAGAUUAUGUUUGCUAUACAAAAAAUCGAGAUCAUUUAGAGCCACUGGCGCCACCUCGGCUAUACAUUAUUUAUGAUAACGUAGAGGCUAGUGAACCCGGCGACACAUCUGAUUAUUGUGCUGUUCUUGAUGCACCAUUCUACAAACUAGGUAUCGAAGAUUCCAAGGAACCAGGUUAUGUAAAGUUAAAGAAGUUGGAAGUAUUAGAAAGUAGUCUUUCUAAAGAAGCUGAUUCAAUAAACACUAAAAAUAUACCUUCCGAUGAUAGUAUAUAUACCGAUUCAGAAAAAGAGUCCAAUGCUUCAGAUACUAUGCCUUAUCCGAGAAAAGUUCGUGAGUUAAAGGAAAAAAUGCAAGUGAGACUUAAUACUGAAUUAGAUAUUGCAAACGGAAGUCCGUUUUCUGAUGAAGAUUUGAAUAAUAAAAUAAGCAGAAAAAGUCUUCUCACGUCUACAAAUUUAGAACAACAGCAAUCAGAAGUGAAUAAAAGUAUUAAUCUUACAAUACAGGAAUCUAAAGCAAGAAAAUCUAUUCUAAAAAACGCCAACGAUAGUAAAAGUAAUACUGAAAAUCAUAUCGCUGCUUUCGAAAAUCUACAAAUCUUCGACGAUACCGAAACUUCUGGUUAUCGAUCUAACUCAAGUCGACAAACUGAAUCGAGUGAAACGGAAUCAGAUUAUGGCUAUUCGACAAUUACCGAUUUAACGACACCGAAAAAAGUAGAACUGAGUUUACGGUCGAAAGAUUCAGCAUCCACGGGCGUUUUACCCGAUGAAUGUUGGUUAACAAUUAAUGAGAAAACGUUUGAUUGGAGUGAUGAUGACGAGGAAGAGGAAGUUGAAACCGCUUCAAAGAUAUCAUUAAAUAGGAAUCUAUAUGAAACGCACCACUACCUCAAUUCGGUAGCCUUCAUGAAUAACUUCGUGGAUAAUUUUAUUAUUAGUUUGGGUUCUGGUCUAGGGUUUCCCCAAGAUUCUAUUAAUAAUGCUUUAACACAAGGUGCAAGUGUGUACUGCAGUAGUUUAAGAAACGGUUUAAAAACGUGCUAUGAAAUUUAUCCGGCUCUCUUGGCUGCUUGGCCCAAUGCAGCUAAUCAGUGGAUAAUACGAGAAAGAAAGAUAAUACAAAACCCUAGAACCAAUUUUAGUUAUCAGUGGCCUACUAAAUAUAUGGUUAGUAAAGCUCUCGGGUUCGGCUGUUUAUUAGUUCCCGUAGGAUUUCGCCCAAAGCGUGGUUUAAAUCCGGACCAGAAAUUACAAUGGCGAGUAAUAUUUCCUGCAGCAGAAAGGUACUUAGAAAGCUGUUUAGCCCAUUCUCAUAUGAGGUGUUAUCUAUUCAUGUUAACUUUACACAAAGCUUUUAUGGAAAAUGAAACAUCAAAGAUAGGUGUUGAUGCAAGUCACAUAAAAAAUCACCUAUUUUGGCAAUGUGAAGAUAACUAUGCAAAAUGGCCAGAAGAUAGACUUGGAGAAACUCUUCGAUUGUUCCUGCGUAGUUUUUAUACUCAUUUUGGACGUUCAAGGUUGCCAAAUUAUUUCAUUGAGAACUGUAAUGAAUUUAAGAGUGUACCAAAACCGUUACUCUUAAAAGUGCAACGAAAACUGGCUGAUAUUUUAGAAGCCCCAGUCAUGCACUUGCUAUACGCAUUAAAUAAAAUUAAAUACAUCAAGAAAGAUUUCUAUCCAGCAUUUGAUUGCCAGAGACUUUAUCAUAUUUUAACAUGUAAGAAUCCAUUGCGUAUUAUAAAUCCGCAGCUACCCUUAAACAUGAACCCUUCGAGCUAUUCAUCUGAUAGCGAGGAUGAAAAUAUUCAAAAUAUUUGGGAUAAAGCUAAAAUUCAUGACAAACAUUAUCAAUGGAAAAAAGAAAGGCAACGGCAAAUAAAAGAAAGAAGAAGAGCAAAUUUGGUGAAUAAGAAAUCUGGAAAAGUUUCAGGAAAGGAAAAUGUUCACACAGAGAUAAAUAAAACUAUAAUUUUGCCGACCAAAAUGGAAACCGAGCGAAGGCGUUUAGUGUUUGAAUUUUUCAUUCCUCACUUCAUUGCAAUGGCUCGCUCUAGUGAAAAGUUUGAUGCUAUUCGGCAAGCAGUUAUUUACUUGGAACAAGCAAGACGUCUUUGCAUUCUAUUGCGCGGAGAACCAGCAGGUGAAGCGACUGCCAAUGAAUAUAUUCACGUCAUCCGGGAUAAAUUAGCAGAUUGUCAGAGAAAAUUAGCUAACCAAGUUGGCUAUAAGGUGUCAGUUCGAGAAAAAAGGAAUCAUGAACGAUCCGUGCAUUCUAAUGUUAUGCGCAAGCAUCGACCAAAAUAUGAGCAUAUAAUUAAUCAAGAUUCUCCGACAUAUAAUUCAGGUAUAGCACCAUUUACUUUUGUAGACAUUCAUGUAGAUAGUUCAGCUAACCAAGACGUAAAAUCUUUUGUAGAAAUCGAAGGAUUAGAGGAAUCAAAAUUAUAGUAGAUGGGCACAGAAGCGAUUUAUAGAUCUCAAUUAAGAAAAUUGAAUAAAACAAAUCGAAAUUUUGUUACAGCUAUAAAAUGUUUAAAAAAGGUGUAGAUAUACUCAUGUAUUGUAAGAAUAUUUUUUUAUAAUAUAUUAUAAUGUACGUUGUACGAAUUGAUUUAGGAAUGUUCGAAAAUUAAUUUCUAAACUUAUUAUAUUGUUGUUGUAUCAGAUAUGGCUAAAUACCUAUUUAAAUUAUUUAAAUUGAACAUUUAAAAAAGAGAGCUUUUUGUUUAAAAAAAAACAAUAAGUUUUCCUUUUCUGAUUAUGAAUUAUUUUAUUGAUGCAUGUUGAUGUGAAAUGUAUAAGAUGAAUCUCUCCUGAUUUUAUAUUGAAUUGUACUUCUACAUACCUACUACAUAAUGGUUUAUUUGCCAUUCAAUACCUAUCUAAUACUGUGUGAAAGUAUUUUAUUAAAGUUACUAUAAAGUCAUAUUUUUAGUUUAGGUACCAGAAAGAAAUCCAAAAAUAAAGUUUCAUGUAACAACCAAAUUCCAAUCGAUCAAAUUCAAUGCGCGUUCAAAGGUAGGUUUAUAGAAGUUAAUAAUGAGUCAAUUAUUAUGUUAUUCUUAACAGUAUUUUAUUUUUCUGUGACUCAUUUAGAUCAUAAAUACUUUAUCUAGUUACCAAAAUUUAGAACUUAAGAGUUAUAAUAAUUAUAGAGUUGAAAAUUUUUAUUAUAAUAUAGUUAUUAUAUCGAAAAAAAAUGUAUAUCGUCGUAUUAUAAAUAUCUCUAUUGCCUUCAUAAAAAGAGAACAAGAAAAACAUAUUUAGUUGCUUUUUUGAUAUUUCACUUUCAUAUUGUAGGAUUAUUCAAUAAAAGCCCUAGUUUUUAA